CUUAUACAUACCAUUGUCAUUGAACGCUGUGUUUUUCAAACGCGCAACACACAUGUAUACCUAUGCGAUCUACACGUGUAUUUUAUCUAUCGUGUGUUGUUUCACUGCGGUUUGUUUCUUUGUGUAAUAUGUGAUUAAAUGCUCAUCGAAUCGAUGCUACGCGUGGAUCGUGUACCCGCGUUUUAUUGAAAAAUCGAACGCGUGUGUGCUCACUUGGUUCAAGUACAACACGUGUGGACGUUGGUGCGCGUAAAAAAAAAAAAAGGAAUAAUCUUUUUGCGAACGUGCGGGUGUGGGCGAGGGCACACUGUAUGCGUGUAUACUGUUGAUACCUCGCUUAAGUACACAUCGUGAUGAUAAUUACACGGUCGCGUGGAAGUACUUGCGGUGAAAUGGGCUCGCUGUGAGGAGCAAGCGAUCGCCAAGAGAUAAGGUGUUUUUCGACAAAAGUUCGGGGUGCGCGCGCGUGUGAGGCAGUUUGGAGAUUUUUGUUUUUGCACUGUAUUGCCGAAGGGGCAAAGUCAACAUAACAAAGAGAAUUUCCGCGGCCAGGCCGACGAAGACGACGGCUGCGAAGACGAAACGAUUAAAUGCCCGGGUGAGGGCGAGAAAGAAGCACCAUGUACAACCUAAACGUGAACGUGAACGCGAACCCUACAAUAACUGGGGCGUUGGGGGCGAGCGCUGGUAUCGGAGGCAGUAGUGGUGGUCUGCUGAGCGUUGCCGUGGCUACAGCGGGCGAAGUAACGCCUCGGACCCCCGAAAUUGUCAACAGCCUCAUAGCGAUGACAAAUCCGUUUGAUGGCUACGCUGGUGGGUCUAUUGCCAACUCGUGUGGUGGGCGUAGCAGAGAUCGUACGGAUUCAACGAGCAGUGGCGAACCCAGCCCGCCUAGUAUUCAACAUACCUGCAGCCAGCUUAUCAAAGAAGGUUUGAAGUUGACGCUACAGACAAAAAGAAAGGCAAACGGCGUCGUUGACGAAAAUAAAAAGCGAGCGAAACGUGAAGAUGGUAGCGCCGACGACGAAGAGGAGAACGAGUCGAGUAACAGCAAGUCAAACGCUGGGCUGACGCCUGAGGACGAAGAGCGUAGACGACGUCGGAGGGAGCGCAAUAAAAUAGCAGCUACGAAAUGUCGCCUAAAAAAGCGCGAAAAAACGGUUAUACUUGUGCAAGAGUCCGAGACUUUAGAGACGCAGAAUCAUGAGCUCAAGUCACAGAUUCAAGAAUUGGAGACGGAGAGGCGAAGGCUCGUCGAUAUGCUUAACCUGCACGGUCCAACGUGUCUCAAACAGCCAGCUCAUACGGACUCAUAUCAGCAAUAUACUGAUUCGGGAGCCCCAUUGCCGAGCUAUCGAGAAAAUUUUGUGCCAGCAUUGAGUCAAACAUCCAGUCAAUCGGACUGUGCCAUCGUAUCUGACUUUGGAUCGGUCAAAGUAGAAGAUUUCGAACCUCCAAAUUUUUUCAGACAAACAACACCAUCAACAACAACACUUUACGGUAGUACGACAACAAUGGCAUCAUCAGCUAACACGACGGAUGUUACGGGCUGAGCUGCCUAUAAUCAAACUUGAUACCAUAUAUUUUUUCCUACUUUUUUCCACCUGUUACCUAUACGUGAUCUAUAUUUUUUUAUUGGUUCGAUGCCAUCAAGAAAGUAUAAUAGGUAUAUGUUAAUAAUCGUACAUAAAAUGCUGAAAAUUUUAUCAAAGUAUUAAAUAGCGUAUUGACAGCGUCAAACUGGUUUUCAGAUAUUUUUAAAAUAACUUGUGAGAAAAAUCAAGAGUGCGUAACAAAUUAUUUUUCACUUUUACUGUUGGAUUGACAUCCGUUGUUUCGUUUUUAUACUUAAGAGAUACCGUCGCCCACUCUGUGACAAAAAAAUUACAGACUCGUUAUUGUUUAAAACUCAUGCACCGUGAAAGUGACAAAAAAGAGGAUAGUAUAUAAUAUGUACUCCACUAGGUUGUAGCGACUUGCUGUUACUUAAGUGAGCUUGCAGAACUUUUUUUGACGCUAUUAUAAGUAUACGGUAUGUAAAUAUGCGUGAAUCAGCAUGCAUGUGUGACAAGAUCUUCUGACUCUGAAAUGCUAGACGAUGCAUCAUUGAGAAUUAAUAGUGAUUUUUUACUUUCAUGUAAUUCUUUUAUGAGUCAGUUAACCGAACGCCAUAAAUUUUUUGUUUUAAUUUUCACGUAAACUUUUUUACAUAGCGAAUGAGGAUAAAUUGUAUAAAUAUUCAACUCUUUCAAAAGCAUGAAUGAUCUUACUUACAGUGUAUUAAAUAUAUUAACAAAGUUGAAGAUAAGCGGUCUUUUCUAAACUUUCAGACAUUCCGUUAUUCUUCUUUAAUCACAUUACGAUUACAAACGAGAAUAAUUAUUUAAACGAUUUUUUGAUAACUUUACAUAGUCAAUUGAUUGGAAACAUUAAAAUAUAUCAAAAAAUUUUUCAAUCAAAAAACUUUGCACAUGAAGACGUUAUGUGUAACGUAAACGUUGCUGAACAUUUUAAAAUACCUUGAGAUUUAUAACAUCGAACUGUCGUGAUCUGCAGCUUCGAUUGGUUAAGGUAAUUAUUCAUAACAGUAGUGCUAUAAUGUAACAAAUAUUUACCUUUAAAACAGAGCAAGGUGUGCUGUUUAAUUAGCUAAGUUUAAAUACUUGAAAACUAAUUAUAUACUUAUUUUUAAAAAAUUUUCGAAUAUUCCAUGUUUAAUUUAAUUUAGAGGACUAAAAAAUUAUAACCUAAAAAUGGGUAGAUUGUUAAGCUUUAGUUAACAAGAGUUAAUUGUAAAUGGGCUAAAAUUCAGCUGGGAUUCGCAACUUUUUUUUUGCGACGAAAUUUUUAUAGUAGUAACAAAAGUAAAGGUUUUUUCGAUUCCUAUUUUUUCGAUAGUGACGAUAUAAACUUUAUUGUUUUUCUAUAACAGAAAAUUUAAAAAAAUUAAUAGUUAUAUUGUACUGAGAUCCACAUAAAUUUUUGACAGCAACAAUAAGGUGUAAAAAAAGUAUGAGA